AUGGCGGAGCAACUGGAGCAGCGCUACAACGUCAAAUUUUGCCAGAAACUGGCCAAAAGCCAAGUGGAAACCGUUAGGAAGAUUCAGACGGCUUUCGGUGACGAUGCUGUGAGCAGCACACAGAUUAAGGAAUGGUACAACUGGUUUAAAGACGGCCGCAAAUCGAUGGAGAGCGAGCAACGCUCCGGUCGGCCAUCAACAUACCGAAACGACCAGGUCAUUGCCGAAGUGAACGCUGUGGUGAUGCGGGACCGUCGUGUGACAAUGCGAGAAAUUGCGGAAGAAGUGGGCAUCGGCACUUUUUCUGCACAUUCCAUUAUGACCGAACAUUUGGCCAUGAAGAGAGUUGCGGCGAAAUUUGUGCCGAAGCUGCUCACGGUGGAGCAAAAGCAACUUCGUCUUGAAGUCUCACAGGACAUGCUGGAUUCCACAAACAGUGACCCCGGCUUCAUGAACACCAUAAUCGCUGGUGACGAGUCUUGGGUGUAUGGGUACGACCCUGAAACCAAAUCCUAG